UCUCUCUAGAUGCCAAGUGUGGGCUUCUCAUUAAGGCGGCUUCUCUGGUUGUGGUGCACAGGCUUUACAGCACGGGCUUAGACAUUGCCACACGCGGCCUUUAUUGCCCCGCGGCACGCGGGAUCUUCCUGGACCAAGAAUCGAACCCAUGUCCUCUGCAUCUGCAGGUGGAUUCUUAACCACUGAACCACCAAGAAAGUCCCGCCAGCACUACCGAUCUUAUCAAUAUUAUUGAUGCAACUGGGCAGGAGACAGGAAGUGGAGGGAAUGGACAUCGGAGAGCUCCAUCUUCAUCUUCCAGCGUGGGAAGGGGAGAUGCAUAACCCAAAACAUGCUACGCAGGAAACAUAGGAAUGAAAAUUACUAAUAAUCAGCUAAAAGAAUGGAAAUGAUUGUCCUAAAGCAGUGGGAAAUGGGAGUGGGGGCUGCCCGUGUUUCCUGAUAGAAAGGGAUGGAGACGUGUGGUGGAGGAAACACAGAGCCUGGGUGCUGGGGGGUUGAUUCUGGAGAAGGGUGGUGCUGGAGGGGAAUCCUGAAGAAUCCAGGGCCCAAGGGAGGGGUUGGCCCCAGGAGAAGGGCCGUCCCCCCUCCAUUGAAGCUGCUGGAAGAAGUGAGGAGUGAGGGGCUGGGUGGGUUUGCGCUUUGAUAAAGGGAGUCACUAAAACUGCAUCCGAUCCACCUGUAUUCUCAGUGAAAUGGGAGCCAUGGUUUGAGAAAAGAGGAGAAGGUGGGAGGACCUUGCGGCUCAGAGGAGGAUGCAGGGGCCAACACCAUCAGCACCCCCGGGGGGCUGGUUAGACAUGCAGAAGCUCAGGCCUCACCAAGAUCCCUAAAAGAUGCACAGGCAAAUUAAAAUCUGAGAAGGCCUGCUCAGAGAGAGUGGGGAAGGGCCACUGGCAGGCAUACGGGGGUUGUGGGGCGGCAGCGAGUGCCCCCUGGAGACCAUGAAGGGAAACUCUCUACUUGGCGGGGGAGCCUUGGACCAGUGCUGGCUUGUGCGGUGCAGGCAGAAAGAAGGUGACGGUUGGCAUUUUGCCAGGCAGGUUCUCCAACAGGAAAGCUGGGCACAGCGGGGUGGGGGUGCGGGUUCCAGGGAGCAGCCAUGGUGAUGGUGUGCAGAGCCCAAGCGAGCACCGUGGACCAUCGUGGCAGAAGGGGGCUGAUGGGCGGUGACAAAGGGAUGGGGGCCGUGGACUGGUGGCCUCGAUGGGGUCAAAGAACUGCUGCUUAUGGGUACCAGAUGAAGAGGACGGAGGGGGAAACACAGAGGAAGGUGAUCAACACAGAUCUCAGAGCGGGUGGGGUGUGGGGUAAUUACAAGGUACGGGAUGUGAGCUUCAGAGGUGGAAGGGAGCAGAGAGGAUUAAAGGUGACAGAAAAGGCCAGAGAACCGAGAGGCUGUAGACUGCCUGAGAUCUCCAAACUCCAUCUGAGGUUUGAACUUCGAAGGUCUAGUGAUGGUGAGAGAAGAGGCUGAUUCCUUUGCUCUGGGUGUGGCUUCUGAAAGCUCAGGACUUUGGAAAGCUCCCAGGCAGACUAGAAUGUGCAGCAGAGUUUGAGAACCACGAGUGUGGACAAGGAGACCCAGGUUCUGACAGAGAGAAAGGCACAGGAGAGUAACCGGAAGGCUCCCUGGGGCCGGCAUCGCUGAUGGAGCCUGACCAGGGGGAAAGGAGAAGCCGGGUAGGGGCCGCGUAUGGCAGGUGAGAAGAUGGAGAUGCUGUGGUCUUCCCCCUGGAGAACUAAAUACUGAAUGUGUGUGCGCGCCCACGCGUGCGUGCAGGCGUGUGAGACAGACAGAGACCCCGAGACAGAGCGAGUCCGGCGGCCGGCGAGCCCCUCGUCUGUCCUGCACUGCGGCGGGUCGGCCACUAGAGGGAGCGCCGCGCCCGCACAUGCCGGGACGGCCCCCUAGUUCUGUCCGUCCGUGAUGCUUCGGUCUUGUUCUGACAGAUUUUAUGUCCAAGCUCAGAUUCUGCAGGUACAUACCCCUGGGUUUAACUCCAGGUCCCGCUGCUUUUAGGCCGUGUGACCUUAGCCAGUUACCCGACCGUUCUGUGACCCAGUUUCGUCCUCCGUACAGCUGCUGUAACUCUGACCCGAGACGGUUCAGAGGAUGAAUGAGGUCAGGCCUGUGAAGCGCUGCGCAGCAUUCGGGGAUGGCUAACCCAAUCCGACAGUGCAGGAGGUUCUGCCACCGCCUCUGUCUCUCUCUGCUUCUCCUGCAGCCCCGCAGCCCAGCCCUGCCCAGCCCAGAUCCAGGGGGAGAAAUAGAGGUCGACUUCUGGAAUGUUCCAGAGCAGAGGUUGGGAUAAGGGUGGCCUGUAAGGCAGCGACAAGCCUGGGCGCCUCCUUUCCUGCUCAGUCCUGCUGGUUCUCUUGUUUGGGAGCAGACCUUAUCCUGUGGCUCAUUCCUGACCAUGGUCUUGUCUUUCUGACCCCAGGCCUUCCCCUGCUCCUCCAGGCACCCUGGGGACCAGCAGUUGCCCUUGCCUGGCAACCAUAUCAUCCUUGAGAAGUGUCACUGUCUGGUGCCCCCCAAGGGCUGAGAAGGGGUGCUCCAUCCUAACCGCCCCAGUCCUUCCAGGAUCCCGCCCAGACCAGCCAAGAGCUGACCUACGAGGCCACACCUCGGGGAGAAGUGUCUUCAUGUGUCUGCGUUCCCAGGCUGGCUGAGGCCGCAGGCGUGGGGGUCGUGGUGUGUAGAAGACCCACAGAAGCAGCUCUCCUUGUCUUAUCCUCGGUCCCUCAGCGGGGGUCUAACCUGCCUGACUUCUUUUUAUCAAUCAUUUGCCAACAUUUUAAAAAUCAGAAAAAAAAAAAUUAAAAAAAAAUCAGAGCAGUACUCCUUAGGAUCCAGGUUUCUAACUUCUCCUGGAAAAUUAGAAGCUCUGAAAACCUGAGUUCACAUUCGUACAUGACAGCAAUGGGCCACAGGGGAGGGAGGCCACCACUCUGAUGGGCUAGGGCUUUCCAGCUCACCACUGUCCCCCACCCAGGUCAUGUACCCCAUUCACAGACCCUCCCUGGGGACUCAGCGUCUCAGUCUGUGACUCCAUGAAAGGAGAACUAUGCCUGAGAGGCUCGUGUACCUUGUCCAUGUUGCAGCCGCUGGCCCCAGGCAGGCAGAAAUGCAGAGGUAGAGGGGUAGGGUCCCAGAAAUGAGAGCAGACCUUCAGGGGCAAGGAAUCCAGGGGCUAGAGAGCUGCUUGGUGUCCUCAGCUGUUGGUGGAAUUUCACAGUUCAGAGGCUGAGGGCAAAUCACACACACACACACACCACCCCACUGUCCAAUCUGUCAGCAGAUCCUGUCACUUCUCAUCUCUUCUGUUCCUACUACCUGAUCCCCUGCUAUCUUGUUUCACUUGGCUGGGUACCAGAGCCUCCUCGCUUCCCUUCUUGUGCCGCCAGAGGGAGCCCUGUUAAAACCUAUAAUCCACCUCCUCCAUCCUCUGCUCAAAACCCUCCAAGGACUGCCACUGCUCUCAGAGUCAAAGGCAAAGGCUUACUGUGGCCCUGGAUGAACUGUCCCCAUCACCUCUCAUCUCCUCCCAGGCUCCAUCAGCCUCAUUGUUCCUGAGCAUCCCAAGCAUACACUCUGGCCUCAGGGCCUUUGCACUGGCUCUUCCCUCUGCCUGGCCCACUUGUACCUGCCUGCCUGCCCUCAUUUCAGCAUGGCUCCCUUCCUCCCUCACCUCCUUCAAGUUUCUGCUCAAGAGGAACCUUCUCUGUGAGGACCUCCCUGCUUUAUUUCAUCCCUGCCUUAAUCCCUUGAAGUACCAUCCUUUAUUCACAUACCCUCUCUGUUGUCUACUUCCCUCACUACAAUAAUGAGGGCAGUGAUUUUUCUCUGUUUUGCUCACUGAAAAUUUUGCCUAGUACAUAGGAAGCACUUGAUAAUAUUUGUUAAUUGAAUGGAUGAAUGAACAAAUAUGUGAAACGAGGGCAGUAACAAUACCAGUAAGCAGAGUGGCUGCGAGAACUCAGUCAAUAUGUAUCACACAGGGCCCCAAACUUGGGCUCUGGUGCUCUGUGGUUGGUAUCUUAGAAUUUCUUUUUUCUUUUCUUUUUCUGUCUGUGCCAUGUAGCUUGUGGAAUCUUAGUUCCCCAACCAGGGAUUGAACCCACGCCCUCAGGUUAAUACAGAGUCCUAACCACUGGACUGCCAGGGUAUUCCCAGAAGCUUGCCAUACUUCAUCAUAUCAUCUUUGAAGUGUAAGUGAAGUCUGAGUAACAGUGGCACAUGCAAAACUUCCCUGGCGGUCCAGUGGUUAAGCCUCUGUGCUUCCAAUGCAGGGGGCACAGGUUCAAUCCCUGGUUGGAGAACUACAGUCUUGCAUGCCACAGUCAAGGUUGAUGUGCUUGGUCUGGCAGUGGCCUGGAUUCCAGGAAGAUUCCGCGUAAGGUGUGCAUCAAGGGGCCCCAGGCAUCCGUGAUGCCCAAGGCAGCCUCAUGUUCAAUAGCAAAUAUAGAACACCGUGGCAGGAAGAGAGGGAGGCUUGGGUAGGAAGGAAAAGCUUCUCUCCUGCUUUCUAGACAAGAACCCUCACAUCCUGUAGCUGGCCUUUGUGUCAAGGACACACACGUCACAAACAGUAUGUUUUCCAGCCAUGGGCACUGUUGCUGUUGUUACUCAAUGCCCCACGAUCAGAGGGAAACAGUGCCUAGCAAGAGAAAGCCCACAGGCUCCCGGGCCAGCCGCUGCUUGAGCAAUGGGUGGAGGAAAAGCCAUGCCGCUUCCUCUCAGCCUCAGUUGCCGCAUCUGUGAGCUGGGAGAGCAUCAGGCAGGUUUCCCUCUGAAACCCAGGGGACUUGUGGGUGGCAGUCAUGGAUCCCGGUCAGGGAUUGCCGUGGCUGCUCUGCUAGGAGCCUGGUCGGGGCUCAUUUUCAGCCUCCAUCUCUGAAAUGUUCAAACCGGGGAUAGAGCUUUAACCCCUGAGGGAUGGGUGACAGUGGACCAGGUUUUCGAUGGGGACUUCAACCCAAGCAUCAGUAGCAUACAUGGCCCGUAGCUUCAGGAGGUGGCCGCAGACCCUGAUGGUCAGUGCGGGCCUUGGUAGUGGCCUCAGCCCAGUGGAGGCUGCAGAUCUGGUGAAAAGGGGAGGUGCCCGGCGCUUUGCCCCCUGCACUGUGUCCUGCCUAAGCCCCCAUCUCUCCGGAGCCACUAGGAUUGGAGCCAUUCUCCCGGAUCCACUUAAUUAGCCAAGCUCAUUAAUUCCCACAGGCUUCUCCUCCCCACCUAAUUAACUGACUUAAUUAGGGCUUGCAGGCCUGGCUCCGCCCAGCCCCCCCUCCCUGCUGCAGCGCUGCCCACCUCCUCGAGGGCCCUGGCAUAGCCCAUCCUCUCAGCCACUCAGGACUGGGAACCGCUGGGGGCGGGGCUGGCCCCCCCAGCACUCAGGCCUCCGCCCAGGGUCCCUCCCUCUGGUCGGACCAGCCCAGUGCCUCUCCCCAGGCUGCAGUCCAGGAGCGAAGGAUUGGAAAUUUGAGAGUGAGAGGUGGCUGGGGAGAGGGAUGCAGGUGAGAUCAGCGGGAUCAGGUGAGAGGAGGCUAGGAUGGUGGGGGCUGGAGGGGCUGGGCAGCCUGGACUCCAGAGCCGGCCUGGGUUCGAGCCCCAGCUAGCAUCUCGGCCUCGGCGACCUCUCCCCUCCCUGCGUCUCAGAUACAAAAUGAUCGCUCACCCACACAGGAGAAGAUGAGCGUGGGCUGCCCAGAGCCCGAGCCUCCCCACUCCCUGCCCUGCUGCGGGCCAGGGACCGCCCCUGGGCUGGGUGCCGGCGUGCCCCUCCUCACCGAAGACAUGCAGGCGCUGACCCUCCGCACAGUGGCCGCGAGCGAUGUCACCAAACACUACGAACUCGUCCGGGAGCUGGGCAAGGGCACCUAUGGGAAGGUCGACCUGGUGGCCUACAAGGGCACAGGCACGAAGAUGGCGCUGAAGUUUGUGAACAAGAGCAAAACCAAGCUGAAGAACUUCCUGCGGGAGGUGAGCAUCACCAACAGCCUCUCCUCCAGCCCCUUCAUCAUCAAGGUCUUCGACGUCGUGUUUGAGACCGAGGACUGCUAUGUCUUCGCCCAGGAGUACGCGCCCGCCGGGGACCUAUUCGACAUUAUUCCUCCUCAGGUGGGGCUCCCCGAGGACACCGUGAAGCGCUGCGUGCAGCAGCUGGGCCUGGCGCUGGACUUCAUGCACGGUCGGCAGCUGGUGCACCGCGACAUCAAGCCGGAGAACGUGCUGCUGUUCGACCGCGAGUGCCGGCGCGUGAAGCUGGCCGACUUCGGCAUGACGCGCCGCGUGGGCUGCCGCGUGAAGCGGGUGAGCGGCACCAUCCCGUACACAGCGCCCGAGGUGUGCCAGGCGGGCCGCGCCGACGGCUUCGCGGUGGACACGGGCGUGGAUGUGUGGGCCUUCGGCGUGCUCAUCUUCUGCGUGCUCACCGGCAACUUCCCGUGGGAGGCGGCGUCGGGCGCCGACGCCUUCUUCGAGGAGUUCGUACGCUGGCAGCGGGGCCGCCUGCCGGGGCUGCCGUCGCAGUGGCGCCGCUUCACCGAGCCAGCGCUGCGCAUGUUCCAGCGGCUCCUGGCGCUGGAGCCCGAGCGCCGCGGGCCGGCCAAGGAGGUCUUCCGCUUCCUCAAGCACGAGCUCACGUCCGAGCUGCGGCGCCGGCCCUCGCACCGCGCGCGCAAGCCCGCCGGGGACCGCCCGCCGGCCGCCGGGCCGCUGCGCCUCGAGGCGCCCGGGCCGCUCAAGCGGACGGUGCUGACCGAGAGCGGCAGCGGCUCCCGGCCCGCGCCUCCCGCCGUCGGGCCCGGACCUGUGCCGGUCCCCGUCCCCGUGCCCGUGCCGGUCCCCGUGCCCGAGCCCGGCCUGGCCCCCCCGGGGCCUCCCGGCAGGACCGACGGCCGCCCGGACAAGAGCAAAGGGCAGGUGGUGCUGGCCACGGCCAUCGAGAUCUGCGUCUGAGCCGCCCCCGCCGCCCUCGGGGCCCGGGCGCCGAGCAGCAGCCAGGCCGGGGCGCGGGGAGCCGCCCUGGCCUAAGCGGCCAGCCCCCCGCGGCGGCAGGAGGGAUUAGUGGUAGGCGAGGCAGGCGCCCGGCCCAGCGGCGGGCCGGUGAGAUGCCACCAAAGGAGCCCAGCCCCACAGACCCGAGGAUUCAGAGGCCCCCCACCCCCCACCCCCGACACCAGGAGCAAGGGAGCUUGCCGGCAGACUCCCUCACACCUCCCUGAACCCUGGGACCCUGAACUAGUUGCUCCGGGCCCUUUGCACCCCCCUGGCAGAUAAUCCCGCAGCCCCACCCCUGGUCCCGUCCCCCUCCCCACCUUCCCGCCCCCACCCCCACCCUGGGAACGUAAGGGAACCGAAGUGUUGGGGCCGAGAAGGGGCUUAGGGCGUCUAGGCACUGGCUGGAAGGAGGGCGGAGAGCCGAGGGCAGGGGCGUUGCUCAUCUGAGACCGGCCCCUUUCCAGGGAGGGUUAGAGGGGAGGGACCACGCCCCCUACAAAAAAGUAGCAAACGUCUGGAUGUCGCAGCAGUGUGUGUAAACAGGCCCCAAGAAUCCAGUAACUCUCUCACCACCCAGUCCCCCCCACCCCGAUGAGGACACAGAGCCCAAACGGAGAGCGGCCGGCCAAGACCACACAGAGCCAGAGAGGCCGCAGCCCUCCCCUUCCCCCCACAGGGAUUUCAGGACAACUGAAGGUCUCCGUGGCCAGGGACCUCAAGCCCCUGCAUCCCCAGACCCGGCCCAGGGAAUGAGUUCAGAGCCCCGGCGCGACCCAGCUUGGCCUGACCACAGGCACCUUCCCCCGGCCAGGGAAACCUUGCUCAGAUUCUCUCAAUCCUCGCUGCCCCAGCCCAGACUGAGUGGCCUGGACUUCGAGCAGGUGGCGAGGUUACUUGUGCCAGGAAUUUCUCCUGGGUUUCUGCUGGAAUCCAACAACAUCUGAGCCUGGGGCUGACUCCAUCCCGGCGUCUCCCAAGUUUCUGGUACUGGGGUGUGAGAAUAAGGCGCCCUGGAAAUGGGAGGGGGGUGAGUGUGAACAGGUACGUGUGCAGUGUGAGCACAUGCAGAAGGCACCUAUGUGCGUUUAGCCCUGUCUGUUCAGUGGCUGCAUCCAGACACCCCAGUCACUCCGCCCCAGAAUUCUCAGCGGGCAGCUGCCAGAGGGCGCCCAGGCCCGCGGCUCAGCACACCCCUCAGGGAGCCCGGCAAGGAGGCACCUGCAGGCCCAUUAAGGCCCCGAGGCAGCCCAACAGGCCAGAGGAGCCCAGCCUCACAAAGCCCACCCUCACGACUCCUGCCCUGUCCAUGAAGGCCUGGGACCCCGCAAUAACCUCAUCCCGGGAGAGGCUGCUCCCUCUGCCUGGCAGCACCCUGCCGGCUGUCCCGGGCCGCACCUUCCAGGGUCCCUCCUGGGGUUCUCGGCCAUUUGAGGGAGCUCCCUAGUGGGCCAGGCUAACCAGAGGGGAUCCUCUGGCCGAGAGCCCCCACUUCUCCAUUCACCCGCAUUCCCACCACGCAAAAGGGCUAUAGGUCCCCCCGCCCUGCCCGGGUCCAGUUUACAGUGUGCGGUUGCCCCAGGGCCUGGUCCCCCUCCCUCCUCAGUAUGCCCGCCCGUCUAGAGACCCAUCUCCCCGGCGGGCAUGGGGGCCCAACACAUGCCAGGUAAGUAGCAAUCCCCCCCCAAGGGCCAAGUCUUAGAGCAGGGCCUGCCUCCCCAUCACUGCCCCGCCCCCCCCAGCCCACCUGGAGCCCAUCUGGGCACCUCUCCCAGCCGCGACUUCUCCUUUUGCCUUAGGCCUCUUGACAUCCCGUCUCUCCUGCAAUAACAUGGAAGCGAGAUUCCAAGUAGACACCCCUCGCGUGCGCCCUCUUUUCUCUCUCUCUCUCUGUUAAGAUCCUGUUUGAGAGUCUCUCCCUUGUUGUAGUAUCUAGGAUGUUAGAGUUGGGAAGGGACCGUAGUUCUGUAGCCCAGCCCCUGUUUUCAGAGGCACAGGGAGGGGGCAGCGGCAGCCGACAGGGAAGCAGGACUGGAACCGGUUCUGCACCCGCCCUCCCGGUCGGGGCCUUGCCGCCGCCGCCGCCACCACCUCUGCUGGGGGGGCUGGGACCCUUUGCCCCUUAGGAGAGGUGUUGGUCACAGAUGUUUACCUCAGUUUAUGUCACUGUCAAAGAACAAGUAAAUAGCAAAAAAAUGAAUCACACCGUAGAUCUGAAGACUUAGGAAAAAAAAACCCUCGCGAUUCUUCUGUGCAGGUGUUUGUGUGUGCGCACACGCGCGCGUGUCUCUGUCCCACCCGGGGCCGGCCCGGUCAUCCCCGACCUCUGUCCCAGCCCCACGCCCCCUACACUGCCCCCUGUCCUUCGGUGCUUCCCAGAGGCCCCUCGGAGCUGGCCUGUGGGGUGUGGCGAGCCCCUGGGCAGGAGGCUGGGCCACAGGUUAGCUAAGCGGUCUGCCACCAGGCCAGCUGAGCAGAGCCCUAAGGCUGCCAAUGCUCCCCGGGCCCGUGCUGUGGCCGGUGGGACCAUCCUGGUGGCUGGUGUCAGCAUUCCAGCCUGACUCGGGGCCUGGGUGGGAUCCCAGCCCCGCAGCUCCAGACCCUCAUGUUGCCACCGUCCUCCACCGUGUGUUUGUAAAUACUCUGGCACCCUUUGGCCCUGAGAAGGUUUUUAAAUGUGUUAUUUACUUCUCUAAUCAUGACAAUUGCUAUAAAAUAAACAAAAGUUUAGAAAAAUUA